CUUCAUGUAGUUGGCUAGUUCGGAAACACAGUAUAAAUAUGUCGGCGUGGUCUGAGGAGAUGGAGGGUGCAAGUAAUGUUAUCGACGAAUUGCAUCCUCCACAAAGAAAAAGAAUCCUUUCAGCCGUGUGGACACAUUUUGGAUUCAAAAAAGAAGACGGAGUUAUUCUUAAGAGCGACUCGCCAAUUUGUAGAGCAUGCGGUAAAGCCGUACCUGCUAAAUCAGGCAACACAACAAACCUUAUGCACCAUCUGAGAAAGCACCAUCCAUCGCGUUACGCCGCCAUGCAAAACAAGAAGAAUUCUGACCCUGUGGUGAAGUCAGAACCCAGAGAUGACCCAGUCACUCCUAACCAGACUGUUAUUGAUACUGCACCCACUGAUCCUGAAGCCAGCUCUAAAUGGGUCGUGGUUCCGAUACCAACAGAUAGUCGUCAAGUUGCUCUGACAGACCGCAUUGUGACAUACAUUGUGAAUGGACUCCUUCCCCUCUCUACUGUAGAAAAUAAGGAUUUCAUCGCAAUUUUGCAGUUGGCUGAACCAUUCUUCACAAUGCCUUCUCGGAGAGACCUCACCCAGAACCUCAUUCCUCAGCGCACUACUGCUGUUAAAAAUCAUUUAAUUACUCAGAUGCAGAAUGCUUCUGAUAUUUGUCUGACAGUGGAUUUAUGGUCAAACCGAUCCAUGAGGUCGUUUUUUACCAUGUCUGGUCAUUUCAUUUUAAAUUUUGAAUUGCAGAAUGUAAUGUUGAGUUGCCAGCGAUUCAAAGGAAGGCAUUCAGCAGAUAACAUCUGUGGCGUGUAUGAGGAUAUUUUGUCAACUUAUGGAAUUAGGAACAAAGUAUCAUUCAUUGUGACCGAUAGUACAUCAAACAUGAUAAAGGCAUUCAACCUUUUCCCACCUAUAACUGGUGUUCAUGAUGAAGAGGUGGAACAGGAUGACACAUCUGAUCUUCAUGUGGUGAACAUUGAGGAAGAGAUGAUGUACUUCCCUCCAGAAAGAAGUCCAUGUUUUGUCCAAACAUUACAUCUUGUGGUGCGUGAUGCCCUGGAUCAAGUUGGCUCUGUAAAAUGCUUGCUAGACAAAAUCCAAAAACUAGUUUCUUUCUGCUAUAAAUCUGCACAGGCUACUGCAAAUCUAGAUCACAAACUUCAUUGUGGAAAUGCCACCCGCUGGAAUAGCCAGUUGAAGAUGCUGAAGUCAGUCCUUAACAUUCCCAGUGAUGUCCUUGGUCAGCUAGAGUGCCCUGUUCAGCUGUCACCCACUGAAUUUAAAAUCAUACAGGAACUAUGUGUGGUGCUGGAGCCCUUUGAGGAGGUGACAGACAGGUGUCAGGCAGAGAAAGUGGUAACCUCCAGCUUGGUGAUUCCAUGUGUUCGAGCCUUAAGGCAUGCAGUCAAAAACAUGAAUAUGACUGGCAAUAAAAACCUGGUGUCCAUUCUUCAGAAAGCGGUUGAUAAGCAUCUUGCAAAAUUUGAAGAAAUGCAAUGCUUUCAGAUGGCUUCCACUCUUGACCCAAGAUUCAAACUGGACUGGUGUAUUGGUGAAGAGGUUAACACCAUGAAGGAUCUUCUCAUGGGAAAAGUUGAGUGUCUUUCACCAAAACUCAGUGCUGGAUAUAAUGACUGUAGUGACCAACCAAAGAAACGUCCCAAACUUUUUUCCUACAUGGAGAGUCAAUGUAGUUCCUCAGCUGUUGCCAGAACUUCACAUGAUGUCAUCGUGUACCUGAGUCAGCCAUGUUUGGCAGAGGAUGUUGACCCUUUGGCCUACUGGAAAGGAAACCAAACCAGCUUUCCUGAGCUGGCACAACUUGCCUGCAAAUACCUUGCUAUACCAGCUUCCUCUGCACCUGUUGAGAGAAUCUUUAGUUUGGCGGGGAAUAUUUUCAGCCCAGAACGUUCCAAUCUGAAUGAUAAAACCUUUGACGAUCUUUUGUUGAUUAAAUGUAACAACAUCGAGCAAUGAAUCAUGCAUUAGAAUAAAGCAUAAUUGCAUUUGCUAUGAUGUUUUGCUUUUUGCUGUGGUAAGGUUGAACUGAAAAACAACUUACUAUGCUACACGUGGCAAAAAUAGGAGCAAUUAUGUGAAAUUGUUUUGACCAUGUAUAUAAUGAAUAUGGACAAAUAAGAUCAAGUUUAUAUAUAAUUAUAUCGCACACACAAUCUUCCUCUUAGAAUUAUAGUAAGGUAUACUUUUCCUGCGGUCACAUGUACAGGCACAGCAUCUACAUCUUUCGUGUUGAAAGUAAAUCUAUUAUGUAAUUCAUUCCUGUGUCCUGUGAUUGCAUUCAGUUUAAGUUGAAUUGAAAUUCCUGUUUUUAAGUGGCACGAUUCAUUACUUCUGCAUUUUGCACAACCUUGAUGUGAAGAGUGCAGUUCUGUGGUUUUCAAUUAAUUAUAUCUGGAUGCUAAAGACAGGAUCGGUAUGUGCUAUUAAUGGUGAGCCUUGUCUGUUUUUCUAGGGCAUAAUGCAUUUUGUUGUGCUGUUAAGGGAGAUACAGGCCAUUAGUUACAUUGGUGCCAUAGAGGGUAUUCCAGAAAGUGUGUUUAGCAUGCAGAUAUGAAUUGGUAGCAUAAAUCUGAAUAGUUUCCAUUCCAGAAAUGGAGGUUAGACUGAACGUCACUCAGUCACUGUGGCAACUAAUGCCCUGAACUAAACUUAUUUGAGCGGAGGUUGAGCUGAUAGAAACGUGGGUGGUCACUCACAACCACUACGAUCAGUGAAAUAAAGACAACUUUGCUACAGUUUUAA